AUGGUACUCACCAGCAGACAAACAGGAGAGCUUCACAAAUCUAUAGUCGCGUACCUGUCAUCGAUCGACGCGAAGAGUACAAAACUCUUACGAGAGGAGCUCGCCAUUGACAGCAGCUUUAACGAUGUCAUCCAAAAGAAGUACGAGGGGAUCCUGGAGCGAAAAUGGACGAGCGUGAUGCGGCUGCAGAGACGGAUACUUGACUUGGAGUCCAGAGUCGCUAGCCUUGAAGUCAAACUUCAAGCUUCACCAACUGCCAAAUCACACCAAGAGUCCAUCGACUGGCUACCAGGUACCCAGGCAAAACAUACACUUCGGUCUCAUCGCGCAUCCGUCACUGCCGUGGCUCUGCAUCCGGUCUAUUCCUCCUUAGCCUCGGCGUCAGAAGAUUGCACCAUCAAGAUCUGGGACUGGGAGCACGGCGAGCUGGAACGAACCCUCAAGGGCCACCUACUACCCGUUCUGGGACUCGACUAUGGGGGUCCCAAAGAGCAGACUCGGCUAGCAUCUUGUUCAAGUGAUCUGACAAUCAAAAUAUGGGAUCCCAGCAAUGAAUAUGCCAACGUGCGGACUUUGUGUGGGCACGACCACUCUGUUUCCGUGGUGCGGUUCGCCCCGAAUGGGGAGUUGAUUUCCGCUAGCCGUGAUGCGUCGAUUCGGAUUUGGGAUAUUCUGACGGGGUAUUGCGUCAAGACUAUCGAUACACAGGGUGAGUGGAUUAGAGAUAUCUCGUUGUCUUUGAAUGGGAAAUGGAUAGUGUCUGCUGGCAAUGACUGUGCAGCUACAGUGCGGACACUGUCAUCCGGGGAAAUUACAGCAAGGCUGGUUGGGCAUGCGAGCCAUAUCGAAUGCUGUGCGAUCGCACCUGUGGCAAGUCAUGCUCACUUAGCUGCCUUAGGGUCGACAAAGUUGGUGGGGGGCGAGACGUUCAUUGCAACUGGGUCAAGAGACAGCAACAUCAAGCUGUGGAAUGGACGGGGGGCCUUGAUCAAGACCCUGGAAGGUCAUGAUACUUGGGUUCGAGGACUGGUUUUCCAUCCUCAAGGGAAAUAUUUGAUUAGUGUUGGCGACGACAAAGCCAUUAGAUGCUGGGACCUCUCGCAAGACGCGCGAUUGGUGAAGACAAUCACCGGCUCAUCGAAGUUUCUGACUUGCAUUCGCUGGGGGCCUAGCCUGCUGUCCAAUCCAGGGGGCUCACAUGUACUUGCCAUUGGGAGUGCUGACUUCAGUGUGAGGGUCUGGACGUAG